GAGACUUCGCUCUCCACCAUGUCUCCAGCAAUUACAUCUUCCCACAACUUCCUUGGUUUGCAUCUACCUCAUUUAAUUGUCUAUUUCAGAUUGUAUGCUGUUUCAGAACAUAUUGACGUAUCUAUGCGAGGAAGCUGUGAAACAGACCAGAUUGGAUGAGUGGUUUAACAGUAUUUUCUACGGACGGACAAAGAGUAAUGGAUAUGAUAUAGACGGCGGUACAGAUGCUAAAUCCCUGGAAUUUCCCUACACGGCUUUACUCGGGUAUGGUGAUGAUGCUGAGACUCGUGAGUGGUUGUGUGGUGGAGCGGUCAUCAGCUCUUACUUCAUACUCACCGCCGGACACUGCACCUACUCCAGAGACUUUGGAUCCGUAACUCAAGUGUCUGUCGGUUUAUUGAGACGAAGUGAGCAGCUCCAAUUCUAUAAGAUAAAGAACAUCAUACAGCAUCCCGACUACCAUCCACCAUCCAAGUACAAUGACAUCGCACUGCUGAAGACUGAACAAAAAAUACAAUACAACCUGAAUGUACUGCCAGCAUGUCUGCACAGUGGUUUCCCCGUGAGUGACGAGUACGCCACUGCCGUUGGCUGGGGUGCCCUCGGGUACAUCCGAAAAAACGCUGAUGUACUACAAAAGGUGAAAUUACAGAAGUUUACGCGCGUUGAAUGUUCGAAAGAGUACCCCACACAAAGACAUCUAAAAUUCGGGGUAAAUUAUACGACUCAGAUUUGUUACGGAGACUACAAACAAAAUAAGGAUACGUGUCAGGGUGACAGCGGUGGACCUCUGAUCGCGGAGCAUUCGAAGUUCCCUUGUCUACAGAGCAUUGUGGGGAUCACGUCGUUUGGAAAGCCGUGCGGCAUGGGCGGACGGCCUGGUAUAUACACUCGAGUCGCGCCCUACGUUCCCUGGAUCGAGAGUAUUGUCUGGCCGUGUGAUUAA